GAGAGAGAGAGACACGCACAGAGCUGCUUCCGAGCCAAAACAAACUGCAAAGCGUGUGCCUCCUCCUCUGCGGUCUCAGCCGCUCUUUUGCAUGUUUUACUCGGAGGGGGCAGGACAACCGAGCAGCCGGAUCCCAGGAGAAUGGCUGAAAAACUGCACCCAGACAUGUGCCUCUCUCGGGAGAACCGCGAGUCUGUUUCAUCCGUGGGCUCGGACAGGUCAUUGCAGCCCGAUGUAGGGGACGAGUCCUCAGACAGUGAUGGUGAGGAGCAGGACGGACCUCAGAAACUGAUACGGAAAGUCAGCACCUCCGGCCAGAUCCGCAGCAAGAAAAGCAUCAAUGAAGGCUUGUUACUGAAGCAGACUAGCUCCUUCCAGAGGUGGAAGAAAAGAUACUUCAAGCUCAGAGGACGAACUCUAUACUGGGCCAAGGAUUCAAAGUCUUUAAUAUUUGAUGAGGUGGAUCUGUCUAAUGCCAGUGUUGCUGAGACCAGCACUAAAAACAUUAACAACAGUUUUACCAUCAUUACGCCGUUUCGAAAAUUAAUCCUGUGUGCAGAGAAUAGGAAGGAGAUGGAAGAUUGGAUUACUGCAUUGAAAUCUGUCCAAAAACUUGAGAAUUAUGAGGCAAGCCAGCUGAACAUAGAACAUUUCUCAGGGAUGCACAACUGGUAUGCAACAUCCCAUGCUCGCCCUACCUUCUGCAAUGUCUGCCGGGAGGCCCUCUCAGGAAUGACCUCUCACGGGCUCUCUUGUGAAGUGUGUAAAUUUAAAGCUCACAAACGAUGUGCUGUUAGAGCAAUCAACAACUGCAAAUGGACCACACUGGCCUCUGUAGGAAGUGAUAUCAUUGAAGAUGAGGACGGGAUCGCCAUGCCUCACCAGUGGCUGGAGGGGAACCUGCCUGUCAGUGCCCGAUGCGCCGUCUGUGAUAAGACCUGUGGCAGUGUCCGGAGACUACAGGACUGGAGGUGCCUGUGGUGCAAAGCAAUUGUCCACAAUAUAUGCAAGGAGCAGUUAGACAGGAAAUGCCCACUGGGACAGUGCAAGCUGUCUGUCAUUCCUCCAACAGCCCUGAACAGCAUAGACCCAGACGGGUUCUGGAAGGCCACUUGUUCCUCAUCCUGCAGCAGUCCCCUCCUGGUCCUGGUGAACUCCAAAAGUGGCGAUAACCAGGGUGUAAAGUUCCUCAGGAAGUUCAAACAGCUACUGAACCCCGCGCAGGUAUUCGACCUGAUGAUUGGUGGGCCCCACCUCGGCCUCCGGCUGUUCCAGAAGUUUGCUACAUUCCGAAUUCUGGCUUGUGGAGGAGAUGGAAGUGUGGGCUGGGUCUUGUCCGAAAUCGAUAAAAUGGGUUUACACAAACAGUGUAAACUGGGCGUGCUGCCCCUGGGGACAGGCAAUGACCUGGCGAGGGUACUCGGCUGGGGUGGAUUAUGUGACGAUGAUGCACAGCUUCCUCAGGUUGUGGCCAAACUGGAGCGCGCCACCACCAAGAUGCUAGACAGGUGGAGCAUCAUGACAUAUGAAGCAGCAACAAAGCCACUUCCCAUCAUAACAGGAGACGAGUUUUACAAUUCCCAGGAUCCGAUCUCUCAAUACGCCGAUUCCGUUGUUUAUCAUUUAACAAAAGUCCUUGAUUCUGAUCAACACUCUGACGUUAUUUCCUCUGCCAGGUUUCUCUGUGGGACAGUAAGUGACUUCAUCGCCGAGGUUGGUAAAGCCUACAAGAAGGCUGAGGAUAACAAGGGGGAAGCAGACACCAUGGCCAACAAGUGUGCCACAUUAACCCAGAAGCUGGACUCGUUGGUGAAGACUCUGACUGAUGAGGCACAAGCUGUUAUUGUUCCCGCUGGCAUCUCUCCACCCACCACUGUGGGACAGGAAAAGAAGCAAUGUACAGAAAACGGAGCGCACCCAGAAAAAACUCCAGACACAAACGCUCUACCCAAAAUCUUCAAGUCAAAGGAGCAACUUAUGUUGCGAGCCAACAGUUUGAAGAAAGCACUGCGGCAGAUCAUUGAACAAACAGAGAAAGUGCUGGAUGAACAAAACCGACAGAGUCAAGUGAUACGCAGCACUUCUGCAAACGUUAACCUUCUAGCCACUUCAGUUGAGGGAGAGAGCUCAGAGGAGGUGAAACCAAAAGCUGCUGGGACAGGGGGAAGAAGAGGAACAGUGACGUCCAUGACAUCCACCAUAUUCCUUGACCAAUCUGAUGGCACCAGCCCUCCGAGUUUCCCUGAAGAUCCCAGCACGAUGUCUUUCUCUGAGAGGUGUGUGAUGAACAACUAUUUUGGAAUUGGAUUGGAUGCAAAAAUAUCACUGGAGUUCAACAACAAGAGGGAAGAACACCCUAAAAAAUGCAGGAGCCGGACUAAGAAUAUGAUGUGGUAUGGAGUCCUUGGCACCAAGGAACUUCUUCAGAGAACAUACAAGAAUUUAGAGCAGAGAGUCCACCUGGAGUGUGAUGGAGUGUCUAUCUCACUCCCUAGUCUCCAGGGGCUAGCAGUGCUCAACAUCCCCAGUUAUGCUGGUGGAAUUAACUUCUGGGGAGGAACAAAGGAGAAUGAUAAUUAUGGAGCACCGUCCUUUGAUGACAAGAAGUUGGAGGUUGUGGCAGUAUUUGGCAGCAUGCAGAUGGCCGUUUCCAGGGUCAUUAAUCUGCAGUACCACCGGAUAGCCCAGUGUCGUAUGGUGAAGAUUACUAUUAGCGGAGAUGAAGGGGUGCCAGUUCAGGUGGAUGGUGAAGCCUGGAUCCAGCCUCCAGGGGUUAUCAAAAUACAACAUAAGAACAGGGCCCAAAUGUUAACAAGAGACAGGGCCUUUGAAAGCACUUUGAAGUCUUGGGAAGACAAGCGAAAAGGAGACUCUUUGAGACAGAUGACUCGGCCCCGCCUGAGCUCUCAGCAGUCCAUGGAGUUCCUUACAGAGGACGAGAUGGGUGAGGUGCAGCAAUUUGCACAGUCAGCGGAGACACUGAUCAACAGGAUCCACCAUGCGGCUGAGAGACAUAAAAUUAUUGAGCAGGAGUUGGCCCAUGCAGUCAAUGGAUGCUCCCAUCUACUAAGUGAAGUCUUGCCAAAGCAAAAUACUCCUGAAGCUAUGACCAGGAAUGCAGUCGUGGAUGUCUUUAGUAGUGUCAGAGCCCUGUGUGCAGAGACAAAGGUACUUCUUGAUGGGAAAUUACUGGAAUUGGAGCCCCCCUAUGAAGAGGAAUUGCAGACUGCGCUGAGUGAUGUUGAGAAUGACCUCCAGAAGCUGGCUGAGCUACACUGGCUGGGGCAUGCUAUACAAACAAAUGAUGUGGAGGAACAUUCAAAGGGAAGCAACAAGAGCAGCAUUAAGAUAAGAAUAAAGAAUAUGUCAAGAAAGGAGAAACUCCAGAAGCAAAAGUCGAACAGUUCUUUGCUAGGAUCUGGGGAUAACCAAGGUGGGCCACAAGACACAUAUACAGCAUGGUACUAAAGAAAUCAAUAAAAAAUCAGUCGCCUCUGAACUGUAUCAACCAAACAAGACCAGAGGAAGAUUGCUGCUGAAAUAUUUCAUGCGCUGUAAAGGGAUAUGUUUCU